AUGGCCAUAAAGACCACCUACUCCAUGGCACCCAUGGACAUACAGGUUGGCUGCUCUGUGGAGUUCUAUGAUACCUUCACCCACAGGUGGACCAAUUACACCCCUCAACGCCGCCACUCCAACUAUGACACCUACCAUCUUUGCACCAACAUUGACCUGCUCCAGUCCAUACUGCCAGGCUGGGAGCUCACCAGAUUGACGUUGCUCAUUGCUGAGGAUGUGCUCACCUACUGCCUUGUUGCUUUGGCCAAGCACCUGAUCUACAAAUCUACUCAGUGGGCUGUGUGA